AUGAGAAGUAGUAAAACGAAGGUUAGUCUUGUCUCUGAGGAAGUGUAGUCCGAAUUUUCAUCCAUGAAUAAACCGUUUCAAAAUUUCCUUUGCGAUACCAGCAUUGUUCCAUGAAACAUGGAUUUUAUAGGACCCCCUGCGUAUGGAAGACUGGUUUAUUAACAGGGUUGUAAGGUAACGUUAUAAUACCGUUACUGUAAACUUACAGCAAACCGAGAACUUUGACAUUUCGCGAUCACGAAUCUCGAUCAUGUCAAUAUGUCGUUGUGUUAUUGUAUAAUCUCCCACUUAACAUCUCAAAGAGGUCUUCGUUUUUCAGUGGAUCUUAAAAGUUCACCAAAAUCCUUCAAAUCAAAUUUCCCAACAAGAAACCGGUCUAAAUUUGAAAAACUUUUCUGGUACAGUAAGCUUAUUUAUUUAUUAAUUUUAGACAUCCCUUUAGUUUUUUGAAUUAUUCUCUUUCGUGAUAUCUUCCAGACCAAGAAAUCGUUUGGUGCAAGUAAAAAGCUGCUUGCUGAAAGUCCUGCUGCUUCAAAACCGACUAACACAAGUCCGUCAGCAAAAGAGCUGGCUGCUUCUGUUGAAUCAUUUGCAAACUACUUAAAACAUAUCGUCCGACCCGGAAAUGAAGACACUGAGCCACCACCAGCAAGGUGGUCCGAAGACGAGCCCGCCAAAUCGGUCUCGCGAACAUCCUUCCGGAGAUUGUCCGACGAACACCGAUUGUCCCGCGAAAGGGCAUUGCAGGCUGAGGUGGAGAAUUGGCAACUUGCAUGGAAGGACGAGAAGAAGAGGAACGACAAACUGAUUGCGGAUAUAGCGUCCCGCGAGAAGGAGUGGUCACGAAGAGAGGAGAGGUGCCGUCUUGAAUAUGAAAGUCAGAUUCACGAGCUCAAACAAGAGCUAUUCGUUAUGCAGUCAAAGUUUAACGAGACUGAGAAAGAAGCUGACGUAAGGAAAAGAGUAGCAGCUGGUGGAAGGUUAGAGGUUAGUUAAGCAGAGCCUCAUUACAAAUUACCAGACAUUAUUGACAUAAAUUUGCUUUGGUUUAGCUUCUAAAUGCUCUUCUUGAUUGGUUAGUCGAGACUGACGCCACUUACUAGCUCAACCAAUCAGAUGCUUACCCUAACACUUUUAUAACAUACUUAAACGCGUUUUCCCGCGUUCGAUUCCUUUAGCGCACCUCUUUCAUCCCUCUGAGGCUUUUCUGACAUUUGUCUGUUAAGUCGUUAAGGUUUGAAGGGCUCUAUGAAAUUUCCUGCAACGUUCCUUUCUGGAAAAAAUUAUUGUUUUUAUGAAAAAGAUUGCAGCAAUUUUCCUGCCAAAAAGAGACCGCAGGUUCGCGCAUAAGAGUCCUCUUCGUUGGCAGUACUGUUUCCCAUCUUAGGAUCCUUAAGUUGAUACAUUCCGUCAUCCUCAUGUUUUAUCUUCUUAUUACUGUAAUGUAAGGUUAAGAAGACCGCAUUUGUUGUACUCUUUCUCACCAGGUUGCUUCUGAGGAGGAGAUGAAAAGGUUGGAGAAGGAAGUUCGGGAACAAGAACAACUUUUAACGGGAUAUCAACAAGAAAAUGAACGGCUUUAUAAAGAACUCAAACAAAUACAGGCCAAAGAGAAGGCGAGCGAGGCCAGGAUGUUCAGUGAAAACCAAAAGCUGGGUAAGAAGAAUCUCAGAUUUUCGAUGCGCUUUUUUUUAGUUAAGUUGUGGUUUUUUUUUUUAUUCUUUUGUCUUCUACUCGAGUUUGUGGCUUGUAGUGGAGAAGGGGGAAGGGGGAAGGGGAAAAGACGGUCGGACGGACGAGGAGACGUACUGGCGGGAGACAUGCAAACUGGGCAGCUAAGGGUGUAGGAGCUUUGCCUACACUCUGCCUGAACUAAUAAACUAAAUAGAAACAUUGAGUGACAGGAAAGCUGGUAGACUGAUGAACAGUUAAUUUGGCUUUAUCAACUGAGUUAAUAAUGUAAAUUGGCCACCGGAAAGAGUUUCUAAAGCUGACGUUUCGAACUUUAGCCCUCUAUUUGUUCUGACGAAGGGCUAACGCUCGAAACGCCAGCUUUAGGAACUCUUCACAAUAGCCAAUUUACAUUAUUAACUUAGUUAAUAAAACCAAAUCAUCUAAUAGCGGAGCUCGCAGAGCGUAGCCCUAUAAUUAUACAAAAUAGUAGUAACCCAUCAAAAAAUUUGGAUGUACGACCAUACGACCAUACGACCGUACAAGGUGCUACUUUUAACAUGCGUGGUCAACUGUACCGAGGGCACGCCAACGCCACGGCUUUGUCCAGUGGUCAGUGUACUGUGCUCCGAGUCGGACGACCCGAGACGUGUGGGAAAAAAAAUGCGAGCUCCGCUUUUAGGCUUGGCUAAAUCUAUAUAUUAUUACCUUUCACCGACGCAACAACAUAGUUUCUUAAGAAACAUACCCCUUUUGUUGGUAAACAAUUAGACUGUCCUACGGAGAUAUCAACAGAACGACUAUAGAUGGACAUACAUGUAAAUCAAUUGCCAGACAGUUGAAUAUUGACAAACAAUCUCAAGUACCACUUGAUAACUUCAACUGGUGGUCACGAUAGAACUAGUAGAUGUAUUUUUCGCUGUAGCAUCGGAACUCGCCAUCCUGAAAGAGAAGACAGAACGACGAGAAAGCGGGGGACCUGGAUCAGACUUGCCAGCUCCAGGCUCUGCCACACUAGGCGCGGAUAAAAUCUCCCAAUUGACAGUAGAGGUGAGGUCAUUACGGAGACGAGUGAGUGAGGUACAGGACGAGGCGGAUGAACUGAGACGAGCAAAGCAAGACCUGGAAACACGAAUUAGAGGAAUAGAAAACGAGAGAGAUGCUGCAGUGAAACAAAGCAGUCAAGUUUUAGGUUGGUAUUUAGGGUGUGGCUAGGAAGGUAUAAAUCAUCUAAUAGUCAUCUAGGAAGGUAUAAGGAGGGAUGUGGUACCCCUGUAGUACCCCUGUUUGUCCAGUGAAAUUGGUUAGGUAUAAAACAAAACUUUUCCAAUGGUAUAGUUCUCGGCAUGCUUCAUUGUGCGGAUGAGUUACUGCUAUGGGCUUCCCAACAGGAAACGAGAAAUAAAUACAUAGAGUAACAUAAUUUUUAAAGAGCAGAUGAACCAGUCUUUAUAGGAAUGAUAGAAACCAACAUGUCGGUUUUUUUAGAACUAGUGCACGCUGAAUAGCCCAAUCUCGUUGCGACAUCCUCCUUCGGUGUCGGGAAACAGUCAUUCACGAAUUUAUUCAAGAACAAGCCGAGCAGAAAUGUUCCCAAGAAACUUAUAAACUGUCAGUCAAAGAACAAGGGUUGUCAUGUCGAUCGAGAAAUAGUUGAUUUAAUAUUCCUAAAGCUUUCAGAACUUUUUUAUCCUUACUUUGUUUCAAGGGCAGUUGAAGAAACUUCAUUUCAUCAUUUCACUGAAGUUGGCCAUGGCUCGUCAAAUUCUUUUGAAAGACCAAUUUAUAUAUAACAAUUUCAAUCCUGCCUUUGAUCGUUUGCAGGCUCAAACACUAGAGAAAUCGCCGAACUUGAAAGUCGACACGCAGCAGAGGUUGAACGCUUACGCACUAAGCUUAAAUGGUAUGCUGAGACUCAGGCCCUUCUCGACCGUGAUGCAAUCACGCUGAAGAAGAAAGAGGAAGAAAUCAGCGAGCUUAAAGAAACUGUUGUCCGGUUACAGGCCCAACACGGCCAAACAGUGGCAGAGAAGAAACAAAGGGGAGUGGAGAGGGCUAAUGAUGCAAGGCGGAUUCAAGAUCUAGAGCGGCAGGUGAGGUGGCGGUGACGUUACACUAACUCUUUACUUUAAGUAAUAUCUUAGUUCCUAACUUGAAGAUUUUGCGUGAUUCUCCAAAAUUUAUUUCAGUGCAACGCAGAGACGUUUAGUAGGUAUUUUAGACAUCAACAACGCUUCGUACCUUUUCUUAACGGAAAGGUACAAAAAUUGAGAUUUAAAGGAGGGUUUUCUCUUUUUCUGGAGCACACUCCUGCUUUAAAAAGUUUGAAAAUGACGGAGUAACAACGGUUAUUUUUGACGUAAAGGGUUUUGGUGGGUUCGAUUAAAAAUUAGAGAGAUAGUGGGCAUGCUUCAUUGAAAGUUUAUAACAACUAAGAGGUUGCUACAUCUGUUGUCACCUUCUUUUAAAGGUCCGUGAGAUGGAGGAGAUCAUCAAACGCCGAUACCCAAACUCCCUACCUGCUCUUAUUUACGCCGCUGCCUCGGCACCAGGCCAAGCUCAGCCCUUGACGACCGAGUCACCUCGCAAACAUUCUCCGACUUAUGCAUUCCUCGAGAACCGAGUGAAAAAGCUCGAGGCUGAACUUGAGGAUAAAGAUGAGGAAGCAAGUAAACGAAUACGAUGCGUCGAACAAAAAUACAAUGCGCUGAGAUUGGAGUAUGAAGAUAGAGUCAAAGACCUGGAGCAAGAUUUACAGCGCGCAAUUGAACGGAAUGAAAAAACAGUUAGAUCAAAUACGUGCACUAAAAUUUUCGAAGAGGAGCUACAGAGGGCACGUGAGGCGAAUGACGAGAAAGUUAAGCUGCUUCAGACUGAAAUAGAAGUCCUUCAAGACGCUCUGUCUAAAGCAACAACGGCUGAGGGUGGAAAGGCUACUCGCAAGAAGCGACUUGAGUUAGAGAAACGAGAGACUGACGAUAUAAGUCUCGCGAUUCAACCUCUUCAGGAAAAACUCGAAAAGAAGGAGUUGGAGUUGGAGGAUUUGAGGCAAACAUGUAAUCGAUUGCAGCGUGAGAGAGAACAGAUGCUUGCCACAGAAGGUCACUUAGUGGAUAGGUAUACGAGUCCCAAACCAGACCCUCUUGUUGAUGACUUAACACUAGAGAAUAAGCGCCUUAGGGAGCAGGUCUCGCACAUGUCUCUGGAUAUGGAUCAACAACGGGUUCGUUACCAGGCUUCUCUAGCGGAGAGCGAGCGAAGUACCCGGCUAGCUCGCGAGGAGGCAGCUGACCAGCUGGCAAGUGUGCAGGCUCAAUACAAACGUGAGCUAGAUCAGCUUAAGGCCGGUUUUGCUGCAGAACACGGGUCUUCCAAAAUAGCUGAGCUGAAAAGUCAACUAGCAAGUCAGGAGAUUGUUAUUCAGCGACUCAAGGUGAAGAUGGCUGAUACAACUGUCAAUGCAGAGACAAUAGCAGCAGCAAAGGUGAGGAUAAAAUAAUGUCUACUCUGUUGAAGAUGUCAUUUCCUUGAGCUUAAUUGCCGUGUAAAUUGUUAGUAGACUGGGAGAUAAAACCCCUUUUUCCUCUCUUCCUGGGUGGGUUGACUUGCUGUGGCUGCUUAUUUCAGCCUAUGUUCUUGUAUAGUCUAUGGUUGGUUCCUACCGCACCCGAAACCUUCCGGAAGUGACCAGUGGGUGGAGGGGAGGGAAGGGGAGAGGGGGGCGCUAACAAAGUUGUAGAGACGUGUUUAUUCGACGACGAGAUGGGUUGUGAAGGUUGUUAAAGCGGGGGUAGGGGACAAUCAUUUGGUCGUGGAUCUUUCUUUAUCUUCUUUAAAAUCCGUGUCAUAACCUCAUUAAAAAAUUUAGGGUUUGAUAAAUACACUGAAGGCAGCUAUCGUCCAGAUUUAUUAUUCAUGUGCAUUCUUUGACUUGGGUGAUCCUUGCAAUAAAACUUGAAUUUUGUGUCUACUCAUUAUACCAGUUUCCCAUUCGUAAUGUCCUUGGCUUAGCGUGUGCCUGUAACGGAAAAGCGAAUGGCUGGAAUUUGUUAUGAAAUGGUUGGUCAUUCGUUGCUGGAAUGUAUUUCGAACCCAGCUCGACGAAAAGGAAGGGAAAGCUUGCCAUGAACAAGGAACGUCCUAUGAAUUUUUUUGGUACGUGUUCUCGGUGCUAAUCGAUUUCUUGUUCAUGUUAGGUUCGUGAGGAGUCCCUUCAACAGCAGGUUGCUCAACUUCAAACCGAUCUGAGGCGUGCUAAGAAGAUGUUUACACCCGAAAUGAACCACUUCGACUCACUAGAGACUAAAAUUGUAGCUCUUGAACAAAAGCAUUCUCAAAGAGAAGUGGACUUACAGAGGGUUAUAGAAAAAACACACCUUACGGCCAAGAUCGAGAAAGAAGAAACAGAGGCAAGAUGGAGACAGGUUGUACGUCAAAAAAAUCGGGAAAUCGAGAAAUUUAGAUUUGAACUUGACGGUAUUCUAGAAGUGCUUAGUGAAUUGAAACGCCAGGGAGUGGUCAUACCCUUCAGAAAUGGAGAAGGGUUUGCACCUUAAAGGAAGUCUUGUUUGUUUCCAAUACACCGUGAACAGUCUGGGCCCCUGUGGGCCACAAUGCUAGUUCUUCACUGUUAAAAACGCUAGUGUGGUUAUGAAAUGACGGUGUGAGAGCUGUAGUUUCACUGCACUACACAAGCUCAAGGAGACCAAGUGUUGAUAAGGCUUUAUAAACGGAAAAUGUCACCAGCCUUGCGGCGGAACAAGAAAGGAAUGCGUGUCCAGCUGGUCACUUGCUGGUAUGGGUGAAAUACAAAAGGCUUGGAUAACUGAGUAACACAUCAGCGCGCCUUGUAGUACAGAUCGAUCUGUGAGCGACAAUGCAGCAGUUACCUUUCCACGUUCAUCGAUUGAUACAUCUCCCAGUGUACGCUCGAACUCGAUAUGUGCUAUCGACUUAUUCGAG